CCACAAACAUCUCUUUAACUUGGAGUGUGCGCGAUGUUUAUGUGGAUUGCCAUUCCUAUAUUUCCUAUGUCUAUUUAAUUAAAAUUUCUCUCCUCUCCAAUGCAAUCGAAUUAAAAACAACGCUAGCUUGCUUGUGAGAAAUACGGAAACGUGGUUCGAUGGUUUUUGUAUCGUUUCGUCAAUAAAAGUGGCAUUUUUUUAUCAAAUAUGAGCGGGAUUAAACCUGUUGGUUACACGAGGAACCUAUUUUUAAGGACUUUCUGUAUAGUUUACCUUUCGGCUUUUUUGUCUUUUUAUUAUCAAGCUCCAGGUUUAUAUGGCGAUAAUGGUAUUUUACCAGCGAGAUCUGUAUUGGAAAACAGUAAACAUAAAACACUCUCAGCCAAAAUACACUAUCAACCAACGUUGCUCUGGUUGGCACCAUACUUAGGACUGAGUACCAGUGCUGCUAUUGAUGUUCUAUCACUAUUUGGAGCAUUCUUAGCAUUCACAGGCCUGGUAUCACAGAAAUUCUGUAUUGUACCUGUAUUUACAGCUUUAUGGUCAUUAUAUUUUUCUUUGUAUCAAGUAGGACAAUCUUUUGUUGAAAAUAAUUAUGAUGAUUUCCUUCUUGAAGCUGGCUUUCUGGCUAUAUUUAUGGCCCCAUUUUUCCCAUCUCGCAGAAGAAGUAAAAGUGCCACCAUAGAUUUGAUUAGCUUUUGGAUUUGUAGAUGGUUGGUCUUCAGAUAUUUAUUCACUAUUGGGGUAACAAAACUUUUGGGUGGUUGUCCAAAAUGGUGGACUCUAUCUGCUUUAAAUCACCAAUUUGAAACAAUGCCUUUGCCAAACCCUUUAUCAUGGUAUGCCCAUCAUUUACCGAAAUGGAUUUUAAGACUUUCAACAGUCUAUGCAAGCAUUUGUGAGACGGCAGUACCCUUUUUAUUUUUCUUACCAAUCAGAGGAGCUAGAUUUACAGCUUUUCAUCUUAUUGCCUUUUUACAAACUUGCAUUGUUGCUACGGGCAAUUUUAACUACGAGAACAUCUUGAUAGUCACUCUUCUCUUAUCUUUGUUGGACGAUCAAGUAUUCUUUGGCAAGAAAAAACCCAAUUCAAAGUUAGAUCUUUUGGACCACACGUUAACUGUUGGUGUCUGGGCUGGUCUAGCCUAUGGAGCUGUUAAAUUGUACGGAAUAAAAUUUACUGGUGGAAUAUUGGAUGCUCAAAUUGCUUUUACGAAGAUUCAGUUCGGCAAUUUCAUCGGAGAUUAUCUGCAAUACGCCAUUUGUGGUAUUUUGGUGACUUUGGCUCUCACAGUCCUUUUAUGCCUCACUCGAAUCUUGUUCAACAAAGGUUACAGUGGAAACAAAGCGUUUGGAAUAUUGGGCACUAUAUUCUACGCUGUUGUGGCCCUGACUAUUUUCUUUUCAAGUACUGUUCCUCUCGCAUCUAUCCAUCCUAAAACAAACUCUACCGUUCACCCAACGUUACAAACAACAUACAACAGAUUACACAAGACUAGAAUCGUGAAUCAGUAUGGGUUGUUCCCAAAAAUAGUCGGAGCUGAAGGCAGGCCAGAGAUUAUUUUAGAAGGGUCAAACAGUUUGGAAGGGCCCUGGAAAGAGUACAACUUUCUUUAUAAGCCAGGCAAUAUUAAUCAUUCUUUGCCCUUUGUUGUUCCAUAUUCACCAAGACUGGAUUGGCAGUUCUAUUGGGCAGCACAGAGUACUUAUGAUAAACAACCCUGGUUACUGUCUUUGACCCAUAGGUUGCUGACUGGUAGGCCAGAAGCUCUCAUACUUAUUGAUAAAAGUCAUUCGGCCUUUGGAGAUAAGCCUCCUAAGUACAUUAGAGGCGUCUUGUAUAAAUAUAAAUUUACUACAAUGAGUCAACAUUCUGGUACAGCUUGGUGGGUCCGUGAACAAGUGGCUGAAUAUUUUCCACCCUAUUCUAAAGACUCACCCGCCCUGGAAGAUUUCUUGAAAGCCAGAAAUCUAUUGCCUACCAGCAAACCCUCUGAACUGAAUCCUCUGUGGAAACAGGUGUUGGAUAGCGUUAGAUUCGUAGCCAAUCAGGUCGAGGCGACGCUUUUGUUCUGGUCAGUGUUUACAGCCGGGUUAGCCAUCAUCGCUACCACGUCAUCAUCGAAUUCUUAAUUCGAUGUAAUUUAAAAAAAAAUCAUUGGUAAACUCGGGAAUGGCACUCGCCUCAGUUGACGGUGUAUCAAUUGAUGUGACGAGUAUAAAGUGUUUCUGUUAUCAAUUUUUAUUUUGUGAAUGUGAAUAGUCUGAGAGAUUUUAUUUAUACAUUUUUUUUGUUAACACACCAUUCAUAAAGCCCUUUAUACACUUUCAUAUUAAUUUACAGAAAUUACACUAAACGAUAACUCUUAACAUUGAUAUAUCUUUUUGAGAUAAUUGUGGGUUUUGGUUUGUUUGGAUCAAAUAUUUAGAGAGCUAAAGAGCAACAUCAAUUAUUUAUAUAUAUUUUUUAUGUUGUAGAGUAUAAUUUUUAUUUUUUAUAUAAUUUGCGUAUAACUUUAUGAUCUUUUUAAUCUUCUAAAUGUUAGUUGUUUCCAACAUUUAUGCUUAUCUAAUAAUUUCAAAUGUUUAAUUUUGACUACGGCAAAAGAAGAUUUUUAAAUUAUUUAUAUUGACAAAUUACUAGAAUUUUUUUGUGCACUUAAGACUUUUAAAUAAUAGUAAACUUCAAUCUUCAUAUUUUUUAUAUUAUUUUAUAUCAUUUAAGGGCAUAAUACAUAAUAUUGAAUAUACCUUUUGAAUAGAAUUGAGAAUAGUUGUUCAUUUCAACUACUAUUUCUCUUAAUAAUAUUAAGUAUUUUCUGGGACUGUUUAAUUAUUCUAUUUCUCAUUUCUUCCUUGUGAAUCUACUAAAUUUUGAAAUAUUAAACUUAGGGUACCGUAGGGUAUUGUACUAUAGGUAUAUAUGUAUUAAUUUUUUUAGGUAUCAAUAUUUUUUAUGAUAUUGACUUAAAUAUCACAAGGUUUAUUACUUCAUUUUUUUAAAUAUUACUAUACUAAAGUCUUUGUAAUGUUUUAUAUAUUAUUUAUAUCAUAUUAGUGCAGAAUAGUAACAUUUAGUUCAACAUUUCGUUUGAAGUAGAAUCGAGAGUAAUGGUUCAUUUGAACUACCAUUUCUCUUAAAAAUAUAAAAUAUCUUCUAGGUGAGGUUUAAGUGUUCUAUUUCUAAUUUUUCACUUUGAAUCCUCCAAAAUUUAAAAUAAAAUAUUUUUAAGUACAUGUUUAUUAAAUUUUAUAUCUAACAUCUUAUGAUUGAAUAUAAUUUCGGGUGUAUUUUCUGUAACUCAAUAAUAUCUUUUUCAAUUUGUUUCAAACUAUUUGGCACACCCUCUAUUUUCCAAGCAUAAAUGUUAUAUUUUUAUCGUUACUUAAAUGAACAAAUGAAAAAAUUUGCACGGAUUAAUGAUUUAAAUAUCAACAUCAUUUAUUGAGAUAAUUUGAAGAGUAUGAUCUGUCUGCAUUAAUAAUGUUUUAAAAACUGUAGAAAUGAGCAUUAGCUAUGAUUUCUUUUUAUAAUACAUUUGAAAAUAUUAAUUUUUGUAUUUUUAAAUUUCGUACAAUAUAAAGUAUGCGUUUUUUUAAAUUUGUAUCAUGAUAAUGAAUGUGGGUAAAUACAAAAGUUUUAAGGUAAGCCGAAUCUCAUAAUGUUAUUUUUAAAAGUCUAUAUUGUUUUAGUUAAGUUCAUAAUACAAAUUUUCUUAUUAGUAAUUACUUUUUUCAUUAUUAUUUUUCAUUAAAUUAAAUUACUUCUAAAUAAAAUAAGGAACAUCAGACAAUGAUCUUUAUAAAAUAUAUAUCUAGUUUUAUAGUUGGUGAGUAAAAAAUGUGUCUAGAUGAUAAGGUAAACUGUUUUUUUUUCUUAAGUAUGUCGUACACGAUAAAGGUCUAAAUAAAAGGUAAUCGCAA